AUGCGGUUCACCGAUCGGGCGACCCUCUUCCCGUCAGUACUUCUGGCACUUCCUUCUCUCUCCUCGGCCUUCUACCUCCCCGGAGUUGCACCCACCUCGUACAAUGAGGGCCAAACCGUCCCGCUCUUUGUCAACCAUUUAACCCCGGGCUUGUCGCGCGACGACCAGCUACAUUCCGUGUUUGCAUAUGACUACUACCACCCACAGCUUCAAUUCUGUCAACCAGAAGGUGGUCCCAAGGAUGUCAGGGAGUCCCUGGGGAGUAUUCUGUUCGGCGACCGCAUUCAAACCUCUCCGUUCGACCUCCACAUGGCCCAAAACGAGACGUGUAAAGCCAUUUGUGGGGAAGUGAAAUUCGACGCGCGUAGCGCCAAGUUUACCAAUCGCCGCAUUGCCCAAGGCUACAACAUCAACUGGCUGGUGGAUGGGCUGCCGGCCGCGCAGCUGCACUACGACGGUGUCACACAAACCAAGUUCUACAACCCCGGCUUUUCGUUGGGCGACCUCGAUGACAGUGGACAAACCGUGUUGAACAAUCAUUUCAACAUCGAGAUUGACUACCAUCGCGUGGGAUACCGCGGUCAGAAUCAGUACCGUGUCGUUGGAGUGCUAGUGUAUCCGGAGUCUCGUGCGGACUCACGGGUCCUGGAAGAUGGGACCGCAGAUUGUGGCACCCCUGGCGCCAUCGUGGCUUUGAAUGAAGAAGCAGACACGCCAUUGACGUGGACGUACAGCGUCUCCUGGAAGGAAUCGCCGACGGCGUGGGCCACCCGUUGGGACAAGUACCUGCAUGUCUAUGACCCGAAGAUUCACUGGUUCUCCCUGAUCAAUUCGGCUGUCUUUGUGGUGUUCCUGGUCGGCAUGGUCGGCAUGAUCCUAGUCCGGGCGCUCAAGAAGGAUAUCGCUCGCUACAAUCGACUGGACAUGAUCAGCCUGGAGGACCUUGACGGCACCUCGGCUGCCGUGGAGGACGGGAUCCAGGAGGACUCGGGCUGGAAGCUGGUUCACGGCGAUGUCUUCCGUUGCCCCAAGUCACCGCUGUUACUCAGUGUCCUGCUGGGUAACGGCGCUCAGCUGUUCAUGAUGACCGGUGUCACUGUUGUAUUUGCACUCCUCGGACUUCUGUCGCCCGCCAACCGUGGCUUUCUGGCCACCGCAAUUCUCUUGAUCUCUGCCGUUUUCGGCGGCAUCAGUGGAUACACGUCAGCACGGGUCUACAAGGCCUUUGGCGGCGAAGCCUGGAAACGGAACAUCGUCAUGACGCCCCUUCUGAUUCCCGGAUUCAUCUUCUGCACUUUCUUCUUGUUCAACCUCUUCGUCUGGGCCAAAGGCUCCAGCGGCGCCGUGCCGUUUGGCACGAUGCUAGCCCUGGUGCUGAUCUGGUUUGUGAUCAGCGUGCCCCUAAGUGUGGCUGGAAGUUGGCUUGGAUUCCGGCAGGCUGCCAUCGAGGGUCCGACCAAGACCAACCAGAUCCCCCGCCAGGUGCCACCGAUGUCCGGCAGCCUUCGCACGAUUCCAUCCAUCCUGCUGACCGGCAUCCUGCCUUUCGGCGCGAUCUUUGUAGAGCUGUACUUCAUCAUGACCUCGCUCUGGACCAACAAGAUUUACUACAUGUUUGGAUUCUUGUUCCUCUGCUACGGGCUGAUGAUCAUCACCUCGGCGGCUACGACUGUGCUGUUGGUAUACUUCCUGCUGUGCGCGGAGAACUACCGGUGGCACUGGCGGGCUUUUUUCGGCGCAGGCAUGACCGGUGGUUAUGUCUUUCUCAACGCGCUGAUCUUCUGGGCGACCCGUGUGAGCUUUGGUGGCUUGACAGGCACUGUGCUCUACGUGGGCUACUCGGCGCUUAUCGGAUUCGUCGUUUUCAUCCUGACCGGAUCCAUCGGCGUCUUCGCCAGUUGGGCGUUCAUCCACCGCAUUUAUGGAUCGAUCAAGGUGGACUAA